AUGCAGUGCCUUCUGGUCCUCCUUGCCAUCAUCACCUUCUCAGAAUGCACAGUCAAGGUGCCACUGAUCAAAGGGAAGACACUAAGAAGUCUGCUAAAGGAGCGUGGCUUGCUGGAAGACUUUCUGAAGAAGCAUGAGUAUUCCCCCAGCUCCAAGUACCGGCGCCUUGAUAAAUAUGCCAAGGUUGCAGAUGAGCCCAUGACCAAUUACCUGGAUGCUGAGUACUAUGGAAAGAUUCACAUUGGGACUCCACCCCAGGAGUUCACUGUGGUGUUCGAUACUGGCUCCUCUAAUCUCUGGGUCCCCUCAGUCUACUGCCAAAGUGAUGCCUGUGAACUCCACCACAGAUUCAAUCCGUCUAAGUCCUCCACGUUCCGGAGCACUGAGGAAUCUCUGUCCAUCGAGUAUGGUACUGGCAGCAUGGAGGGGUUCCUGGGCUAUGACACUGUCACUGUCUCUGAUAUUGUGGACAGUGACCAGGUCUUUGGCCUAAGCACCGAUGAGCCUGGCUACUUCUUUGCCUAUGCUGAAUUUGAUGGGAUCUUAGGAUUGGGCUACCCCUCCAUAUCUUCGGACGACGCCACCCCUGUCUUUGACAACAUGAUGAGCAAGCACUUGGUUGCCCAGGACCUCUUCUCUGUUUAUCUGAGCAACAAUAAAGAGGACAGUGUGCUCAUCCUCGGGGCCAUCGACUCAUCCUACUACACUGGCUCCCUCCACUGGGUGCCGGUCACUGAGGAGGGCUACUGGCAGUUCACUGUGGACAGGAUCACUGUUGAUGACAAGGUGGUGGCUUGCCAUGAUACUUGCCAGGUCAUUUUGGACACUGGCACCUCUCUCUUGGUCGGUCCAAGCCAAGACAUCGACAAUAUUGAGACUGCCAUUGGAGCUAAUGGAGAUGUGAGUCCCCCAGAUUACAUCAGUUGCAAAAAGCUGAGCUCCAUGCCUACAGUUGUGAUUCACAUCAAUGGCAGGGAGUUCCCUCUGCCUCCCUCAGCCUACACCCUUGAGGAGGAUGGACAGUGUUCCAGUGGCUUUGAGAGUGAUGGCAGUGACGAACUGUGGAUCCUGGGAGAUGUCUUCAUCCGACAAUACUACAGCGUCUUUGACAGGGCUAACAACCGUGUGGGGUUGGCCACCGCGGUCUGA